AUGUACCCCACGUGUUCUUGCACUACUGGCGGAUCCUGCUCCUGCGUGGGCCCCUGCAAGUGCAAAGACUGCAAAUGCAGCUCCUCCAAGAAAAGGUGCUGCUCCUGCUGCUCUUCAGACUGUGCCAAGUGUGCCCAGGGCUGCACCUUCAAAGGGGCAUCGAACAAGUGUAGCUGCUGUGCAUGA